UGCCUCGGGACUUUCACCUUAUAAAAACAACUCAAUAGAUGGCGAUUGACUUUCGGGUUCACUAUUUGAUCGCUAGAGUUCGUUGACAAAUUUUACUAGCCGUACACAAUGGCCGCCUUAGCGACGAGCAGAAUAUUUUUCUCUCGAGGUCUUUCUGCUGCAUCCAAAAGAUGUCUGCGUCAGUUCAGUCGUCAAACUGGGCUGUUGGCUCCAACUGGCCGUAUUCUAGUUGCCAGAUCAGCCUGCCUGCUCUCCAGACGAUCCAUUUCCAUCUCUUCUAGAUUAUUAGCUGCUCCCACAGAGAAAAAGGUUUUCCAAAGAGACAAACCCCAUUGUAAUAUUGGAACCAUUGGACAUGUAGAUCAUGGAAAAACUACACUUACUGCAGCGAUCACUACAGUGCUAUCUGAAAAGGCUAUGGCCAAAGCCAAACGAUAUGAUGAGAUUGAUAAUGCACCAGAAGAAAAAGCAAGAGGCAUUACCAUCAAUGUUGCUCAUGUUGAAUACAUGACAGAAAGUCGCCACUAUGGACACACUGAUUGCCCUGGUCAUGCUGAUUACAUCAAAAACAUGAUUACUGGAACUGCUCAGAUGGACGGAGCUAUCCUGGUGGUGGCGGCGACAGAUGGUGCUAUGCCGCAAACCAGAGAACAUUUGCUUCUUGCUAAGCAAAUUGGUGUGGAACACAUCGUCGUUUUCAUCAAUAAGGUUGAUGCUGCUGAUCAAGAAAUGGUGGAACUGGUAGAAAUGGAAAUUCGCGAGCUGAUGUCUCAGAUCGGCUAUGAUGGUGACAAUGUUCCUUUCAUUUCUGGAUCAGCUCUGUGUGCCCUUGAAGGACGGAGUCCGGAAAUUGGAGUUGAAGCCAUUCAAAAACUGAUGGCUGCCGUCGAUUCCUAUAUCCCAACGCCAGUCCGUGAAUUAGAGAAACCUUUCCUUAUGCCCGUCGAAAAUGUUUAUUCAAUUCCUGGUCGUGGUACCGUCGUUACCGGCCGAUUGGAACGUGGUGUUAUCAAGAAGGGAAUGGAUUGCGAGUUUGUUGGUUACAGCAAAACCAUCAAAACUACAAUUACCGGAAUUGAAAUGUUUCAUCAAAUUUUGGAGGAAUCUCAAGCUGGAGAUCAGCUUGGAGCCUUAGUUCGUGGUGUUAAACGUGAUGAUAUCCGCAGAGGAAUGGUUAUGGCCAAACCUGGAACCAUGAAAGCCCAUGAUGACUUGGAAGCCCAGGUCUACAUUCUAAAUAAAGAAGAAGGUGGUCGAUCCAAACCAUUCACCUCGUUCAUCCAAAUGCAAAUGUUUUCGAAGACUUGGGAUUGCGCCACUCAAGUUUCCUUGAUGGAAAAAGAGAUGGCUAUGCCCGGAGAAGACGCCAAGUUGAGACUUUGCCUCCUGAAACCCAUGGUGGUCGAACAGGGCCAGCGUUUCACAUUGCGUGACGGUACCCUGACGUUGGGCACUGGUGUCAUCACUAAAAUUAAUCCGAGAUUGAAGGAAGAUGAGAGAAUGCUCCUGACGGAGGGCAAGAAAGCUCGUGAGAAGGCGGCUGCUGUCAAGAAGUGAAUAUCCAUUAAUAGCAGUAUCUAGUUAAACGAUUCAUUGAAUUUCAAUAAAAAAAAAGUCAUUUCAAA